GUAACCAACCAAGAUCCACAUGGCGUGACUUCAUUGGUCAGAGGCAGCCAGGUAAUUUCCACGUGGGCCUUCUCUCUCAAAGCGCCAAAGCCUCCCCACCUGUCUUAAAUUCAUCCCAAAAUUUCAAAAGGCGACUUCUCAGAGGGACACCGACUCUCUCUCUCUCGGUGUCUCCGCCUCUCUCUCUCUCUGAAAUCUCCGGAAUCCUAAUCUCUCGGAACGCCGUCGUUUCCCCCACAAAUGGUGGCGAUUUCGAAUCUCACAGGAUGCGGUGGCCACGCCGCAGUCAGUUUCGGAGAGAGGCGGUACUUGAAGCUCCCUUCGCUCACCGACGGAUUCAAUUCUCGGAUCUCUUUCCCCUCUACGACUCAGUUAGCUGUUGGCCAUGUGAGCAAGACUGACAAAAAAAUUGGUGUUCGUAUGGCAUUAGUCAAUGAAAGGGUUGCACAAAGUGGAAGUUUGGCCAAGGCUUCUGAAAUCCUGGCAUUUGAUCUUGUUCAAGGGGCACUUGUAAAAUGGAGUUCUGUUAUGGACAAGUCAUUGCCCGAGCCGCCAACGGCUGUUUUUCUGCAUGGAAUUUUAGGUAGCAGGAAAAAUUGGGGAACGUUCACUAGAAGAUUGGCUCAGGAAUUUCCAACGUGGCAGUUCCUAUUGGUGGACCUACGGUGUCAUGGUGAUUCAGCCUCAAUUAAGAAAACAGGCCCCAAUACUGUUUCUUCCACUGCUCUUGAUGUCUUGAAACUAGUUCGGCAGCUUAGAAUAACACCUCGGGUUUUGGUUGGUCACAGUUUCGGAGGGAAAGUUGCCUUGAGCAUGGUGGAGCAAGCUGCAAAGCCUCUUGCACGACCAGUCAGAGUUUGGGUUCUAGAUUCUACUCCUGGAAAGGUUCGUCCUGGUGGGGAUGGGGAGGACCAUCCAGCAGAAUUAAUAUCUGUCCUAAAUACUCUACCCAAAGAAGUUUCCUCAAAGCGGGAUGUUGUGCAAGCUCUAGUUCAAAAAGGAUUCUCCAAAGAUGUGGCACAGUGGGUGGUUACUAAUCUUCGACCUAGUGGUCCUCUUGGUUCAACUCCGUCCACCUUCUCUUGGACAUUCGAUCUCAAUGGGAUUUCUGAAAUGUAUCAAUCUUAUGAAGAAAUGAAUUUAUGGAAAAUUGUUGAAGAUGUGCCUGGAGGUGUCCAUGUGAACUUCUUGAAAGCAGAAAGAAGCUUGCACAGAUGGGCUCUAGAAGAUCUCCAGAGGAUUCAUGCUGCUGAGGAGCUUGCUGUGGAGGAGGGAGGUGGAGUUGAAAUGCAUGUGCUUGAGGAUGCAGGUCACUGGGUGCAUGCGGAUAAUCCAGACGGGCUCUUUAGGAUCCUUGCUUCUUCUUUCCGGUGACUCAAAACUUCAGGGAGCUUUAGCAUGGCCACACCUCGAAAUCAGAUAUAAUAGCAGCUGUAGCGGUUGUGUGAAAAAGAAUAUACAAAGUGGUUCUCCAUUGUAUGAUUAUAUACAUCUAUGAUCUAUGUAUCUUAAUGAUUUGUAUCUUUUAUCAAUAUGGCUCUCUUUUUUGGUCGCA